CCCCGGCCAAAGGGAACGCCCCAGCGCCAGCCAGCUGAAAGGGUUGACACUUUAAGCACACGUCAACUUAGUUUAGUUCACGUUACCUAGUCUUCGCCCGGAGAGUAAAUCAGGCAUUUCACUCUCCCAUUAAUCUUUUCUCGCCCUUUAAUAAACUAGCGCGCCAAGGAAGUCUAUAGUUAGCAUCAUGAGGCCUCAUAUUUGUUAGGAGGUAUAUGGUCAUCUACAAACCCCCCAUUGAUUGGUAUUUGUCUUCGAUUUACUCUGCCGCCAACAUCUUCUGGUAGAGAAAUGAUAGUUGUAUGCAUUAUUCUAUGAUGUAUUUACUCUAUAACCUAUUAUGGCUUUCCAUCCAGUGUUUACAUUUGGCCAACGGCCAACUGGGCAUUCGCAACUCGUCAACCGACCUCGUUCCUAUCUAUCAACCUUACUUAUCGAACCUCAGAGAGAAUCCUGCAACAUUUAAUCCUGCCCUUGGUGGACAGGACUGGGGGAUGUGUUGCAACUUGGUUGUUAAUGAAAGCCUCGUUAUCGAAAACGAUACACUCUAUAUUCGGCCUGGGCAAACCUUUUUCACGGGCACGAUAAAUGAUCUUGAAGAGUUCCCUAGGUUUCCUUGCGGCGCAAAAUAUAAUGGAACUUUAUCGGCGCCUCAUCAACAAUUUUGGAUGCCUUACUCGUGGUGUUACAACCAUUGCCCCGGAUGGCCUGUUACAAAGGCGAACGAUCUCGGGAAGUGGCUGAAACCCCUGAUUGCAUUCAUACUACCGUCGCUCAUUUUUUGCCUUAACGUUCCUCGUCGCCGCCGCCUUGACCUACCGACUAGUUUAUUCUCUGGUGGAUCUAUCGAUAUAUCAAGUAUCCCUCUGUUUAUUAUUAAAGUCCCUCUGGCUUCAUCUAUUGUUACGCUAGACAUUAUUAUUUGGACAUGCGUCGUCUUCUCAGUGGCCAGUCCGAUGAUCACGUCGGGUAUUUAUGAAGCGCUUCUUGAUGCUCGAGUCUUGUCGUAUCUAGAAAGUCGAAGUAAAGAAAACUCUCUUUCCGCUAAGGAGAAAGCUCAUACUCUCCUUUCCAUCUUGAUAGGCAACCUUGAUAUUCAAGCUUGGCACUCGAGUAGCCUAUUCGUACACAAUAUUCCUGGAGGCGUCUUUCGAAGAAGACCCGGUGCUCAACCCACGAAAACAAAUAUCGAAUCAAGGAUAGAAGUUCCACGCCCAUUAGACACAAUCACGCCAAUCCACUCCCUCGAUGCCAGUACUUCGAAUACGCCAACGAAAAUCACUACGAUAGGGAGGUCUAAGCAGUCAUCGUAUAGUGUUCAGCAGCGCCGGAGUAUUAUUACUACCAAAUGGCGGUUGUUAGCUAUGCUUGACUCGCAAAUUAGCUUUGGUACUUCAGUCGGCGCGCCAGUUCUUUUUUAUAUUGCGUCAUUUAUCUGGUCGGUAUAUGAAGUUCGCGAAGAACUAGGUUCCUAUGUCACGGCGCACCAAUUGGCUGCUGGAAUGUUCUGGAUGACGAUACCUCACGUCGCUCUCGUUAGCUGUCUUCUUCUUGCUGGGAACAACCCGAAUAUAUGGCAAAAUGCUGUUGCUGAAUCCCUACUCAUUUCCGACCCCUUUACCCCUAUAGAUUCCCUAAGAUUGGUAGACACCGAUCUGGAGUCUGAUCCCGGCGGGGUUCGAAAUCUUCAUAGCGUAGAGUUUACUUCGAAAGAUCCAAGAGCGAUCAGAUAUACUAGAUCAAUUACAUCCAGAUUGGUGAACCGCUUUUUUGGGUUGGCUUACAAGGAGUCCAGGUUCAAGCCAGCGUGGAUGUGGAAUAGGGGAUCUAACAAGGCCAUGUGGAUCGCGAAGCUCGGUGACGAGUAUCCAUAUCUCCGAGGAAUGCGGGAGGAAGUACUAGACAGAAACUUCAAAAAGGAUCUCUGGACCUCAGGCUUUUAUGGAUUUACCCUUUACUUCGUACCAACAUUCUUCAGCGUACUAGUCAGCUAUACUACUCCUCGGCCUGGAUUUGGCUGCCGUUCCCUUCUCGUGUUUGCCUACGGCCUAUCACAACUGAUCCUCCAGCUUCUGUGGCUACUGCGAUGGUACUUCUCCAAGGGUGACACGGCCGGCAAUCCUAACAACACGUGGUAUACGGUAGUAAAGUCAGCUUCAAUCUACCUAUGGUACUUGAUGUUUUUAUUUGCAAUCUUUAUUGGAGCUUUCACUAGUAUUGGGGGGACAAUAUUCGUACUUACAAAUGUCUUAACUAAUUGCUUCUGUGCGGUCCCGGCUCAGUACUGGCGAGACCGCUGGAAAAAUCCCGAAGCGCUUAUAUUCGUCGAUGACUCUACUUGGGAACAGUUAUACUACGCCGAGAAGUGGUGGUUUCCAGCUGGUGUUGUUGGCGUUGUUUUCAUGACGAUUGUUGCUUACAUCGGAUGGUGGUAUCAACGGAGUCUGCGCCAGCGCUACUGUGACUUGGUAAGCAAGAUUGACCACGUUAACGACAUCGAAUUUGAAGACGAAGUAUCCGAUACCGAUGUUGAUCAUAUCAGGGAGGAAGCUACUGAAACGAUCCGUAAUACCUAAUAAAAAGGAUACAAUUUCUAAGAUGAAGGCAGUAAACCAUUUUCACUAUAAUAUAAUUUAUGUCGUAGAUAAAGUGUUUUGAAUUAUAUACAGGAA